AUGAAGCAAAAACAACAUAUUGAAGUUGUUUUUCAAAAGCAUUUAGACCAAGCUAAAAGAGAUUACCGAACUCACUUAACAGCAACAAUUGAGUGCAUUAGGUUCUUAUUGCGACAAGGAUUGGCCUUUCGUGGUGAUGAUGAAUCGCACAAUUCAAAUAAUCAAGGUAAUUUUUUGGAGCUUCUUGACUUUCUUGCUCAACAUAAUACAGAGAUUGAUCGUGUUUUCAAAAAUGCUCGUGGAAACCUUAAGCUAGUAGCACCUAAAAUUCAAAAAGAUAUUGUUAGAGUUGCUGCAAGUGAAACUACUAAAGUUAUUAUUGAUGAUCUUGGAGAUGAUUUAUUUGCUGUUUUAGUUGAUGAAGCUCGAGACAUUUCUGUUAAAGAGCAAAUGGCUAUUUGUUUGCGGUAUGUGAACAAAGAAGGGAUUGUAAUGGAGCGAUUUCUUGGCCUUGUCCAUGUUUCUAGCACAAAUGCGUUGUCGUUAAAAGUAGCUUUGGAAUCUUUAUUAACAAAGCAUAAUUUAAGUUUAGCAAGAAUACGUGGACAAGGUUACGAUGGAGCUACUAAUAUGCAGGGAGAAUUUAAUGGCUUAAAAAGUUUGAUCUUGAAAGAACAUGCUUGUGCUUUUUAUGUUCAUUGUUUUGCUCACCAACUUCAAUUAGCACUUGUGGUUGUUGCAAAGAAACAGGUUGAAAUUGCACUACUUUUUAAUUUGCUUGCUAGUUUGUGCAAUAUUGUUGGAGCUUCUUGUAAACGUAAAGACAUGCUUCGUGAAAGUCAAAUGCAAAAGACAAUUGUUGCAUUACAAAAUGGAGAUGUUUCCAGUGGGCGUGGCUUACAUCAAGAAACAACAUUGAAAAGGGCAGGUGAUACUCGAUGGGGCUCACAUUAUGGUACAAUACUUAGCUUGAUUUCUAUUUUUUCUUCCGUGGUAGAAGUUCUUGAAGUUAUUGAGGAAGAUAGAAAUAAUCCUGAACAAAGAGCUGAAGCAUGCCAAUUAUUGAAUCAUAUUCAAUCUUUUGAAUUUGUAUUCAAUUUACAUUUGAUGAAAAGUAUAUUAGGAGUUACUGAUGAGUUGUCUCAAGCUCUACAAAGAAGUGAUCAAGACAUUAUAAAUGCUAUGACAUUGGUUAAAGUGUCCAAGCAACGAUUGCAAAGUAUAAGAGACGAUGGUUGGUCCUCUUUGCUCAACGAAGUUUUACUAUUUUGUGAUAGUCACAAUAUUCUUGCUCCAAAUAUGAAUGAUAUAUUUGUAACACAAGGAAGAUCAAGGCGCAAAAUCCAAAAGGUCUCAAACUUGCAUCAUUUUCAAGUUGAAUUAUUUUAUCAAGUGAUUGAUAGACAACUUCAAGAGCUUAACAAUCGUUUUAUAGAGGCAGAUUAUAUUAUUGGUUCACGCUUGUUGGUAUGUGAUCAUUUGAAGCCGCCCGAUUCGUACAACCAAAUUGUUGAGGCUCACUUACGGGAGACAGGUUUCUAUUAUGUUUCUCAAAUUGGGGUAAUUUAG